AUGCUGAAAGCAUCACACGCGGCCAAAUUUAUCAGGAAUAACAUUAUCUGUAGAUACGGGGUGCCAAACGAAUUAAUUUCAGACAAUGGUUCACAUUUCAAAGGAGAAGUGGCAGUUCUACUUGAGAAGUAUAACGUGGCUUUUCACAAGUCAUCAACUUACAGGCCACAAACCAAUGGAGCCGUUGAAGCUGCAAAUAAAAACAUCAAGAACAUUCUGUGUAAGAUGGUAGAAACUUAUAAAGAUUGGCCAGAGAAGUUGCCUUUUGCACUUUGGGGAUACAGGACAUCAAUCCGAACAUCUACAGGGGCAACCCCUUACUCUUUGGUAUAUGGAAUGGAGGCUGUUUUGCCGAUUGAGUUGGAAGUGCCUUCAUUAAGGAUUAUGGCUGAAUGUCAGAUAACAGAAGCUGAUUGGCAACAGAACCGAUUUGAGGAACUAUUUUUGUUUGAUGAGCGAAGGUUGAAGGCGUUAUACCACAUUCAGGGGUAUCAACGCAGGAUUGCCAGAGCAUUCAACAAAAAGGUUAGAUCCAGGAAUUUGAGGGAAGGGGACUUAGUGUUGAAAGACAACCGAGCUCCUAUUCACGAUCCUAGGGGCAAGUUUAGACCCAAUUGGACGGGUCCCUACAUCAUUAAAUCAAUCUGGUCAGGAGGAGCGGUCAUUCUCAUGGAUUUGGAUGGUUUGGAGUUCUCACAACCAAUCAACAUGGACAAGCU